AUGGGUUUUACGCGCUACAGUGUCCGAGAUAUCCCUAGAGCCUUACAACCGCUUCUCGUCGAAGACAUCGUGGUGGUGGAUGCUCACACACUAGAGGCGUCGUGGUACGAACCUAAGAAUGUGGAGGGAACUCUUGGCGGCUUCGUAAUCUCCAUUAGACCCUACGCUCGAGACUCGGCUAACAAACCAGAGUGGCGGCAUUUGGCAUACGUAACCGCAGACUCGCGAUCGUACAGGAUCACUGACUUGGAGCCCAACACGCGCUACCAAGUCACUGUUCGUGGUUAUGUGCUGCCGAACGAAGAGGGACAGGGCGGAGGCUACAACCAAUAUUCCUAUCCUCGAAGUGCCUCAACGUUGUCUGUUGCGGCACGCAAAGCAACAACGACGACAACAACCACGACACGUCCCGUCAUCCAGCCCUCCGCUUCCCUCCAUCGAACUGAUGCCUCCGGAUUCCACCUAAGAUGGGAUUUCCAAGACGUCAUGCCCGAUUCAAUACAGAAAAUCGAGCUCAUCGCGGUGCCAGUGGGCAGUGAUCUGGGCGUGGCAAACGCUAGUGCCGUUGUCGCCCCAACUGCCACUGAAGGCUCCAUUACCACAGGCCUGAGACCCUACACCGAAAACAAUGUAGUAGUGCAAGUCACUACAAAUGGUGCCACAACAGCCUUCCCAACAGGGCAAGCGUGGACGUGGUCGACGGCUCCCUCACCACCAGCCGACAUCACUGCUAAGGCACUAAGUUCGAGCUCCAUCAUGGUCUCGUGGUCACCACCAGCUCAGACA